UGACGCAGCCCAUCAUGGCGGUGGGAGCGCGGCCGCCGGGGCCCGCGGCUCCGGAGAGCGGCUGCCGUUGCUGCUGCUGAGAGGCGGCGGCGCGGGCAGGCGGACGGGCGGGAAGGAUGGUGUUUCCGAGGUCGGAGCGGUGGGCGCGGACCAGGAGCCGGGCUGAGGUGUGGCUGAAGCGACGCGUGCCCGAGAGCACCCGGCGCGGGUGCCGCUGAGGCAGCGAAGGGAGGCAGGACCGACCGAGGGACAGACCGACGGACAGGAGGGAGGGCGACCCGAGAGUCGGCCCCCGGGGCCGCGCGGCGGGCGAGAUGCCGGGGCCGCCGCCGCCGCUGCUGCUGCUGCUCCUGGCCGUGGGCCGCGCCGGGGCCGCUCCACUUCCGCAAACAGGUGCAGGGGAGGCACCUGUUGCAGAAAUUACCACGUCUUUUGUGAUCCUCUCUGUGGGCAGUUUAAUGAUAUUAAUAGUGUUAAUUGCAAACUGUGUAUCCUGCUGUAAGGACCCAGAAAUAGACUUUAAGGAGUUUGAAGAUAAUUUUGAUGAUGAGAUUGAUUUUACACCACCAGCAGAAGACACGCCCUCUGUCCAGUCUCCAGCAGAAGUCUUCACACUUUCAGUACCAACUGUCUCGCUACCAGCUCCAUCACAGUUCCAGCCUUCUGUAGAAGGUUUGAAGUCCCAAGUUGCCCGCCACAGUCUGAACUACAUACAGGAGAUUGGGAAUGGCUGGUUUGGAAAGGUGCUCCUUGGAGAGAUCUACACAGGCACUAGUGUAGCGAGAGUAAUCGUGAAGGAGUUAAAAGCAAGCGCAAGCCCGAAGGAGCAAGACACUUUUUUGAAAAAUGGAGAACCAUACUAUAUCCUUCAGCAUCCAAAUGUCCUCCAAUGUGUCGGACAGUGUGUAGAAGCAAUCCCCUAUCUUCUGGUGUUCGAGUUCUGUGACCUGCCUCAGUGCCUGAGCAAAGGUGGUCCUCGUCAGCUCGGGGUCGGAUGCUGCUCUCUUCCCGGCUACGUUCAUCUCCACUCCAGGGGCGACCUGAAGGCUUACCUGCGUGGCGGCGAGCCGGAGCCGGCGCGGGGGGACGCGCAGACCAUGCUGCUGCAGAGGCUGGCGUGCGAGAUCGCAGCGGGGCUGGCGGCCAUGCACAAGCGGCACUUCCUGCACAGUGACUUAGCCCUGCGAAACUGCUUUCUCACCUCGGACUUAAAUGUGAAAGUGGGUGAUUAUGGAAUAGGAUUCAGCAGGUACAAGGAGGAUUAUAUUGAGACAGAUGAUAAAAAAAUUUUCCCUCUUCGGUGGACUGCUCCAGAAUUAGUAACCAGCUUUCAAGACAGACUGCUAACUGCAGAUCAAACUAAAUAUAGUAACAUCUGGUCCCUGGGUGUGACGCUUUGGGAGCUCUUUGAGAAUGCUGCUCAGCCUUAUUCCAACCUCUCCAACUUAGAUGUUCUCAACCAGGUCAUUCGAGAGAGAGACACGAAACUCCCAAAGCCCCAGCUGGAGCAGCCCUACUCCGACAGAUGGUAUGAAGUCCUGCAGUUCUGCUGGCUGUCCCCAGACAAGCGGCCGGCAGCGGAGGACGUGCACAGGCUGCUCACCUACCUGCGGAUGCAAAGCCAGAGGGACCCGGAAGUGGACUUUGAGCAGCAGUGGAACGCGCUCAAGCCCACCGCAAACAGCAGAGAUGCUGCAAGCAACGCCGCCUUCCCCAUCCUCGACCACUUCACCAGGGACCGGCUAGGCCGCGAGAUGGAGGAGGUCCUCACUGUGACCGAGACCAGCCAAGGCCUGAGCUUCGAGUACGUCUGGGAGGCAGCCAAGCACGACCAUUUCGACGAGCGUAGCCGGGGCCCCCCGGAUGAAGCCUUGUCCUACACCAGCAUCUUCUUCCCCACGGAAGCAUUCGAGAGCUCGCUCUCAGACCCUGGUCCUGGCAAGCAGGAUGACAGUGGCCAGGAUGUCCCCCUGCGGGCCCCCGGGGUGGUGCCCGUUUUCGACGCCCACAACCUUUCUGUCGGAAGCGACUACUACAUCCAGUUAGAAGAAAAAAGCCGUAGCAACUUGGAGCUAGAUUACCCGCCUGCUCUGCUCACGACAGAGAUGGAUAAUCCUGAGAGGCUUGGGGACAGCGUGUCCCAGUGUCUGACGCUCAGGAGCCUGGAGCUUGAGGAGUCCAGUACAGAGGAGGAUUUCUUCCAGAACAGUGCAGACCCCAAAGACGCCAGCAGACCCGAGGAGGCGCCCAGCACCAAGGGCCCCGAGAGCCCUUUCAACAGUUUAUUUAAUGACCUUGAGAAGUCAGAGGCUUUGCCCAGUCACCAAAAAAUAUUUGACUUGAUGGAACUAAAUGGAAUCCAAGCUGACUUUAAGCCUCCCACCCUGAGUUCAAGUUUGGAUGACCCCAAAGAGUCCGUAAUCGCCCGCCACUUGGAGAAGGAAAAGCCCCGUAAGCUUUUUGACUGCGAGCCUCUUUACUCCACAAACAAACUCGUACACCAAGAUGGUUUUGAUCAGCUGGACACUGAAGAGUUGUCAGAAAACUUUUUAUUUCUUCAGGAGAAGAACUUACUGAAAGACUCUUUGUCCAGCAAAGAGCAUGUAAGUGAUCUGCAGACAGAACUCAGAAAUGCUGGCUUUCCUGAAUCCAUGUUAGAAACUCCCAGUAGAAAGUCUGUAGAGGCUGAGCCUAAGUUUGCUGAAAAUAAACCGGACUCUUCACUGCAGGAGAGCGUCAGCCUGCAGGACAAGGAGUCGGGCGCAGCGCCCAAGGGUGGUGCUGGGGCAGCGGCCUCACCUUGCUCCCUACAGCCGCAGGUACCUCCUACCUCGCUCGAAACCCAGGGGCCGCCUCACGAUGUGCCCCCAGGGGCGGCCCUGAAGCAGGGCGGAGCCAGGCCCACAUGUCCAGAGGGCGGUGUCCGUGAAGACAGCACCUGCCGAGAGGCAAACCCAGACUUCACGCGCGCCCCGUCGGACACCCCCGCCCCCACCGGCAGCGGGUCCCCAGCCCUGACUCAGAUGGGGGAGGGGGCCAUGAACCUGACCCAGAGUGACCCCAGCCUGGUCCAGGACACCCCCACCAGCAAGGUGAGUAUAGGGAACGGCCUUCCAGAAUCGAGGCAGAACUUAAAAAACCAGCUGCCUUUGGAAGACCACGGCCCUCGAGGCCCGCGGGAGAGAGCCCGGGAGGCUGCGGAGGCGCUGGGGCAGCUGGGUCGUAAAGAUGCUGCUGCAGAGGAGGGCGGCUUGGUGUCCGCCUUCUCCUCAGACUCGGCCAGUCAGGACAGCCUCCUGGAGGACAGCUUGUCGGCGCCUGGCCCCCCUUCCGAGCCAUCCACGGAGACCCCGGACUCCCUGGAUUCGGUGGAUGUCCAUGAGGCUUUCCUGGGCUCCUUAGGCCCUCAUGCACCACAGAAACUCCUGACCCCCGACAAGCCAGCGGACAGCGGCUACGAGACGGAGAACCUGGAGUCCCCUGAGUGGACGCUGCAUCCAGCCCCCGAGGGUGCCGCGGCGCCCGACACAGCCUCGGUGGGUGAGAGCGUGCCCGCCAGGCUGCCUCCCAAGCCUGUCAUCGUCAUCUCAGACGCCGCCGAUGGCCACAGAGGCGCGGAGGCGACCUCGCAGACCGCCGCACCUGCGUCCCAGGGCUCACACCGAGACUCUGCGUACUUCUCAGACAACGACUCUGAGCCCGACAGGAGGUCGGAGGGAACCCCGGGCACCUCGGCGUCGAACCUGGGAGCGGACCAGCCCCUGCCUGAGCCCGGGGUCCUGCCGCAGAGUCCUGGCCCCCUGGACAGCUGCCUGGACACCAGCAGCAGCCCGCCUGACCCUAGCUGUCCUCCUGCUCCGCAGAACUCCCAUCACCUGGAAUCCAGAGAACCCGCAGAACCAGCUCCCCCUGAUGCUCCCACACACACACUUCCCCCAGAUGAUGAGGCCGGCAGCCCCUCGAGUCUGCAGAACUCGGAGCUGAGCAGCGGGGAUGACCUCGAGGCCCCCGAGGAGCCCCCCUGCACGCUGGCUUCCACCGGCACCAACACCGACGAACUCCUGGCACUGACCCACGCCCCGCUCCGCUGCAGCGGCCCCAUGGCCCCGACGCCAGAGAAGGCCUUGUGCGGCCACUCCGAGGGCCCCAAGCUGAAGGAACCGGACGUGGAGGGAAAGUACCUGGGGAAGCUCGGCGUGUCGGGCAUGCUGGACCUCGCCGAGGAUGGGAUGGACGCUGACGAGGAGGACGAGAACAGUGAAGACUCAGACGAGGACCUGCGGGCCUUCACCCUGCACAGCCUGAGCUCCGAGUCCGAGGACGAGGCCGAGCACCCGGUGCCCGUGGUCCUCAGCCGCGAGGACGGCCUCCAUCUGCGGAGCCUGCUGAAGCCCUCAGACCCACCGCCCGGCUGCAGGAGGGAGAGGAAGGCAGUGACAUUUUUCGAUGACGUCACAGUCUAUCUCUUCGACCAGGAAACCCCGACCAAAGAGCUGGGCCACUGUGGGGGAGCCGCACGCAGCCCAGAGCGGAGCAGCCCCGCGCCGGCGGCGGGCUCCCCGCACCUGAGCCGGGGCCUGAACUCCGAGAGCUCCACCGACGAAGAAGGCGGAGGCUUCGAGUGGGAUGACGACUUCUCCCCAGACCCUUUCCUGUCAAGGACGACAAGUCACCUCCUCAGCUCCAAGCCGGCGCUUCAGACCUCCAAGUACUUCUCCCCGCCGCCACCCCGCAGCGCGGAGCCCAGCUGGCCGCACGCAGCCCCCUACUCCAGGUUCUCCAUCACCCCCGCCAGCAUCGCCAGCUUCUCGCUCACGCACCUCACAGAUUCGGACAUGGAGCAGGGAGGAAGCAGCGAAGACGGAGAGAAAGACUAGGCGAUGCCUAGGCCCCUCGGACCCAGGUUGUUCUGGCAGCAGUGUCCCGGGCCAGGACGAGGCUGCCGGCGCCCGGCCAGUUCUCCUGCACCGGCCGCCACCCAGGCCUCCCCUGCGCACUGGAAGGGCUGACGUGGGGGCCGUGGGCUCCAGGCGGCUUCCGGUUCCCACGUGGAGUGCCCUCCGCAUCCACACCUGUGUGUCCCGUCCGUGUGCAGGGCCCUGCGGACCACAAGGGGAAUGGCACCAGUGAGCCAUAUUUAUUGUUUUUAAAGAAAUCACUAAUUGCUUUCUGUAAUUGCACUGUGGAUAAAUGUCCUAAGAGUUCCUGAUACUGUACAGAAUCUUAAAUUAUUCAAGGAAAAUAAGGCAGGUCAAGCUGGUGCUAUCCACUAGUUUGAUUUUUUUUUCUUCUGUUUUAUAGUUUGUUUGCUCUGCAUGGUACUCGUAAAGCUUAAGUAUUUUGAGUGUUAUGUUGUCUUUAGAAAUUGUUGGAAUUGUACAUAUGGUACUCUUUCGUAAAUGAUAAAUGAUUCCGAAUGUUAGUAUUUUAUGUUCUUAUAGGAAAUAUUUUUGAUGAGUCGGAAAAGACUGCGCUGUUUCGUUGAUUGAAUGAAACACAUCUCUGUCUGUUCUCUAUAAGGUGGUCUGUCCCUGUUACAGAUGAGGCUUCUCCAAGGAGCUGACGGGUCUUGCGGCCCCUCUGUAUGAUUCUCCCACUCGCCCCUCCCCCGCCUUUCAGAAAACCCUCUUGGAACAAAUCAUGGGUGGUUCCCAGAGCCGGCUGCAGUUGCCACGUCCAGCCCCUUCCCCGCUGGGGCCUGAGUCCCCUGUGUUGGGUUUAAGCAGUGCAGGUGGCGGUGGCCGGGGGCCCCUGUGGUCACGCCUGCGUUCAGGCCCACAGAAGCUGCUCCACGAAGGGCUCUGGGAGCCAAGGCCUGUCUGGGCUCCUCCUGUCUGUGCACUUGAGGUGUUGAGCUGCUCACGGCCCCCAGAGCCAGUCCGGAUCACGUCUCGCCCGGGUGAGGCUGGUAUCUGGAACCAUGGGUACUCACUACACCCCUCGACUGUGAGGAGGGACAUGGGACACCGGGGAGCCGCCGCAGGCAGCGUCUCCUCCCUGUUGGGGCCUGGGGCGGCCUGAGUGGCCGUCACCCUGGGCUCACCUGCACUGACCCCUCCCUUCUGCAUUAAGCCCCCGGUUCUCCCCUUGCUCUGAAAGGACCGAGCCCGUCCAGUGCAGUGCCGUGGUGUUGGCCGGAGCCCGGCGUUCGUGGCAAAAAGUGGACCUCACCCUGCGGUCCUUGAGUUCUGCUUUGCCUGCAGCAUGGCAGCCGGUGCGGAGGGAGGCUGGCAUGUGGGCGGGGGAGCCCCAGAGCAUGGGCCCCGCACGCUGGCCGCUCCCCCGGGGGUCUCCUUGCUGACGUCCUUCCCUGGUGUUAGCAGGACGCCGGGCCGACCCUCCAGGCCUCGGGCUGUGGGCAGGGCGUCGGGCCCCAAUGCAGCUGUGUCCACUGGCGAGAGUUUCCGUAGUACAUCGUGACCUUCGUUAUCAAGUCGGGCUUGCUCCCUUUUUAUACUAGCAAUAACUUUCCAGAGCAGGCCAACUCCGGGUGGUGGGAGCGCCCCUCCCCUCCCCCGUGUGAGCCCGGCAUACUGCCAAGCUGGACCUGGGGACUCGCGUGUCGAAAAGACAGCUAACAGGGCAUUAGGAGGUAAUUUUGCCAAAACUGUUGUAACUCUUAAUUUCUUGCUAUGGAGACUUCCUGUGUGUUCUGAAUUUUUACAUCUACCAAUCUUGGUUGAAAGAAAAAUGAGAUGCAAUUACACUAGUUUGUGUUUUUUUUUUUUUUUUUAAUUAUAGGUUUAAGGAGUUCAGCUCUAAUGACUAAAAUCAAGCAGAUCCAUAGUAUAUAUAGUCUUAUACAGUCAGCCCAGGGUAAAUUUAUUGAUUCUUUGGGGCUGUACCUUUUUCAGUACGAUUAAGGAGAUUUUAACAACGUAAUUCCCAUUUUAAUUUAAGGUCUGUAUCACUCAUAAAUUGCCAAAAACAUUUUAUACGAGGGGGUGGGGGCAGGGUUGGAAUAGUAGGUCUUAGUGUGGUGUUGCAUGGUUGGGAAGACUUUAUAUUUAUAAUAAACACAUGAAUUAACAUGUUCUUCUGAAAAAUCUCAAGCAAUACACAGGAAAUGAUGUACAGGAAAUUAUGUAGAUUAAAAAUUUCAGCCCAUUUUUGAGAUGUCAGCACACGCUUUGCUGUUUGAUUCAGUUUCGUUUUACUCAGUUGGUUACCAGUAGUGGGUUUCUAAACCACUCCUAUUCUCAGUUAUGCAGUGGAAAAACAUCGGUGGAAUUCUCGAGACGAUGUCGGUGAGGUUCAUCAUACCUGGUUCACAACAGUAUUUCCUGACCUCCUUUGGGAUCUGUCUUACUUUGGUGGAGUUCACAUGUCUUAAACCCCACGAUAAUCUAUCCUUCACCUCCUUCCUAGCUAGGUGUUAACUUGUGUUAUCCAGUGACUCAGUCACAAGCCGGAAAGAGACGGGUAGGAAAAGUGCUCCCCCCAGAUCCUCCUGAGACCCGGGCUGCAUGUCUGGGUGAGAAGCUGUUCAUCUUGAGGCUGAAGAAGCUCCAGGAGGCUGAAUGGAGAACAGAGCCCAUCUGUUCUGUUUUUAAAUGUGCAGGCGAUUGUUUCUAUGGAAAUGGAUUUAUCUCAGAAAAGUCUUUUUCUCUGUCUUGCUGCCAUAAAACGCCUUUCAAAACCUCUUCCUUUUAUCACCACCUCCCAUGGGGUGUCUCUGGGGUUAUUGACUUACGGCAUGUUUGUCCUGAGGGCCCGAGGGCAAGAGAGGCAGCUCCUGGUUUUCUGAAAGUUCCAGAAGUGAACCGUGUGUGAGGCUGCAGAUGGGGGCUUUGUCACCGGGGGCUUCGUCACCAUGGGCUUCAGAGGAUUAGCCUUCUGAGAGGUAGCCUUAAAACAAGAGUGGGUGUACACAGUUACUUCCGAUUUAAAACCUCAGAAACAUGUUCCUAAGUGGUAAGGGGGGGAGGGGGCGGGUUUGGCUCAAGUUUUGGCUCUCGAAAAGGAAAGCUCUCUUUAGUUAUAAAAGUGAGUUCUCAAAAGAUGUGUUGACAGUAUUGAAUCACCAACAACCUGUUAUGUGAAUGGCUGGAACAUAGUUAAGUUCAGGUUGGCACAGGCACAGACAGAUGGCAAUCACAGCCCGAUGUGCGUAGCCACUGCUUCAUCCCAGCUGCCGGCGCCCCGCAGGGCUGUCCCACCUCCAAGGUUUCACUGUUGUGCUUAGACUCGGUUGUAAGAGGUUCACGGCAAUAUAACAAGUUAAUGAACUUUGAGUUUAAAUUGUGUACAUUUUUAAAUUGUAAGAUUUUUACUGUAUAUUGAUGCAUAGUGUGAUUCAAAUAAAUUGCUUGUAAUUUAAAAACUAUUUAAUAUUCAAAAUAAAUAUAGUUAUAUAUUUAUAAA